CGUCGGGGUUACGCCGGGGUAUGUCCAGGUUGAGGGCAGAUUCAAGAUGGCGGCCGCAGGGGGUACGCUGAGGUGCUUGGCCCGGUGUGGGCAGCUGGUGAGAGCCGGGCGUCUUCCAGGACCUCCUCGGCGGGGCUUCCACGCCUCUGUGCCUGCUGCUGCUCAGGUGACUGUCCGUGAUGCUUUAAAUCAGGCCCUGGAUGAGGAAAUAGAGAGGGAUGAGAGAGUUUUCUUGCUAGGGGAGGAAGUUGCUCAGUAUGAUGGUGCAUACAAGAUUAGCAGAGGACUCUGGAAGAAAUAUGGUGAUAAAAGAAUAAUCGAUACUCCUAUAUCAGAGAUGGGAUUUACUGGAAUUGCUGUAGGUGCUGCUAUGGCUGGCUUGAGGCCCAUUUGUGAAUUCAUGACCUUCAACUUCUCUAUGCAAGCCAUUGAUCAGAUCAUAAACUCGGCUGCCAAAACCUACUACAUGUCUUCUGGGUUGGUGCCUGUGCCCAUUGUCUUCAGGGGUCCAAACGGAGCCUCAGCAGGAGUAGCAGCCCAACAUUCGCAGUGUUUCGCAGCCUGGUAUGGGCACUGUCCCGGACUGAAAGUAGUGAGUCCUUGGAGCUCAGAGGAUGCAAAAGGUCUCCUCAAAACGUCAAUCCGGGAUGAUAAUCCAGUUGUAAUGCUGGAAAAUGAACUGAUGUAUGGUGUUCCCUUUGAAAUGUCUGAGGAAGCUCUGUCAAAGGACUUCCUUGUUCCUAUUGGGAAGGCUAAGAUAGAAAAACAAGGAACCCACCUUACCUUAGUGUCUCAUUCACGACCCGUUAGCCAUUGUAUGGAAGCAGCUGCUGUUCUUGCCAAAGAUGGGGUGGAAUGCGAGGUAAUAAAUCUGCGAACUAUUAGGCCAGUGGAUAUUGAAACCAUUGAGGCCAGUGUUAUGAAGACAAACCAUCUUGUAACAGUGGAGGGAGGCUGGCCACAGUUUGGGGUGGGAGCUGAAAUAUGUGCCAGGAUUAUGGAAGGUGCUGCUUUCAACCACUUGGAUGCUCCGGUUGUUCGUGUCACUGGUGCAGAUGUUCCUAUGCCUUAUGCAAAGACUUUGGAGGAGAACUGCAUACCUCAAGUAAAGGAUAUAAUAUUUGCAAUAAAGAAAACCCUAAAUAUCUAGUUUUCGUGUAUAUAUUUAAGCUUUUCUUCCAGACUUAAAUCUUUAAAAAUAUUUAUGGAACGCUUUUGUCAUUAAUAUUGCAAGCUGUGCCGGGGAAGGGGAGAAAGAAAGAUAUUGGAUGCAUAAUCUGUUACGAGGCCUAUAAUGCCUCCCAUCCUACUUCUAAGAAGAAAAUAUAAAGGGGGAAUUGACAGACUUCAUGUUUUGUAAUGUGUAUUUUAUGUAAAGAACUGUUAUUGUAGGGCAAUAUUGUUUAUCAUUGUAUAAUUGAUCGGUCUCACUUUAAGUGACAUCCUUAAUAUAUCAAGAAUCUUUUGCUCAUUUUGUAAUCUAUAAAGCUUGAAAGAAAGGACAUGAACAGAAACAGUUGUGUAAAAUUGGAAUACCCUUUUGCUGGCUGUGGGGCGGGGGAGAGCUUGUACUGUAGCUGCGGCAUGACCUUGUAAAGUCAUGCAUCUAUAUUAAAACAAACUUUGGUGCUGUGUU